AUGUACGAAUCACAACAUCCUUCGGAACAUACAAUGACCAAUCAUCCAUUGACAGAAUUAGAUUAUCAAUUGAUGUUAGAUCCCAAUGUGUUUACCAAAUGUGAACCUGGUCUAGUUGAAUUUAAUCAUGCAGAUUAUUUGAAUUUAAUGCAAACACACGCUUCUUUGGAUUCUCAAAUACAUCAUCAAGAUGAACAACCCAUUGGAUCUGAUACAAGUAGUAGUAAUGAACAACUUUAUUAUCAACAACAACAACAACAACAACAACAACAACAACAACAACGAAUCAUGCCAUCAUCAUCCUCUUCCACUGUGCCAUCACUUCAAAUGACCUAUUCCAAUUCAUCCCUUUCUAUAUCUUCACCACAACAACAUCCUAUGUACGUGGCUACUUCUGCUCCUGUGACAUCUAUGUCUAACAAUCCUCAUCUUUAUCAACAGGAAGAUCAUAUGCAAAUGCCAUCUUCAUCAUCAACAUCAUCAUCAUCAUCAUCAGCACCUAUUAGUUACUACUAUCAUCAACAACAACAAAAACAACAACAACAACAACAGCAAAUAAAUCAUCAUCAUCCAUAUGCUCCACAAUAUGGAAAUGGCUCUGAUCCAUCAAUGUAUUCAUCCUCUUUGGAUGAUUACGUGCCCAACCAUCCUUCAUUUUAUAAUAAUCAUACAUUGGAUGAGAUGGAAGCCACACAAUUCCAUCAUUUGGAGCAAUUUUAUGGUCAAACAUUGGAUGAACAACAACAAUUUUUCCUUAUGCAACAACAACAACAACAGUUAUGGGCCCAACAACAACAUAUGCGCCAUCAUAGUAAUCAUUAUGCUCAUCCUAUCUCAUCAUCACCCACAACAUAUACAACUGAUACAGAUUCUCGACCUCAGAUCUAUGUGAGAAAGGCAUGUGUGGCUUGCAAACAAUCCCAUGUAGCUUGUGAUGUCCAACGACCCUGUUCUAGAUGUGUACGACUCAAUAAGGCCGAAAGUUGUGUGGAUGCUGAGCGGAAAAAGAGAGGUCGUCCAUGUGGAUCUGGAAAAAAGAAAAAGGAUGAUGAAAAGGAAUUGAGGAGAAGAGAACAACAACAAUUGAAUCAUUUACUAAGAUAGUUUUUUUUUUUUUUUUAAUUUACUUUUUUUUAUUAUUAUUAUAAUGUUCAUUUCUUAUCUAUUUUUUUUUCUAUAAUAAACUAAUACGCCAUGUUUUUUUCUUUUACAUUUUUGUCUAUUACAUUCAAACAUGUCUUGACAUCAUCACAUAUCAUAUCUUAACAUCAUAUCAUCAAAGACAUCAC